AUGGGAAACAGAGCAUCUUCUUACGACACUGAUCCUACUUUACCACGGCCAAGACGUUUUCUAACUAGCAGGCCUAUCAGAAGAAGAAACUGGGAGGAUGAGCUGCUAUCGGAGCUGGCCAGACUUGAACUAGCUGAAGGUGAGAGAGUCGAUUCUGCACGACCAGUCUUCACCCCACGGACACAGAACACAGUGUUAGGACGCAGAGUAUAUAGAACAAGAGGCUCUAUAUUACCGUUUUAUGCUGAACCACCCCGCCACACAGUGUCUACUGAGGGGAGUGGACCCGAGCAACAACUGGCACGACCUCUGUCCCCUCGUCAACCCACACCCAGUGAUCCACGGGCGACACAUGUAAGCAGACCAGAACCAGUGACGUGGCCAGACACCCAGAGAGCUGGACAGGAGAGGUGUUACGACCCAAACGACACGAGAUUUACAUUCGUUGAUGGAGAAGAUGACAUGGACUUCGAGUACAAUGAGUACAAGUCUCUCAGAGCAAAGAUGUCCUGUGGUCAUACCGUCACUCCAUCGUCUCUUAUUAAUUGGUGUCGCAGGCAGCUGGAAGAGGGUAAGACAGAGUUUGUUUGUGGUCAGACUGACUGUAAUGCUGUGUGGUCGUGUAAUGAAGUUUUUGAAAUGACUCUUCUGACUCCUGAAGAAAUUGAGUACGUUGAGAAAAAACUUUUUGAAAAAGCCGCCAAAGCUUACUUGGAUGUUAAAAAGUGUCCUGGCUGCAACAGUUUAGCACUGAGGGAGGAUGUGAAUGACGUGAGAGUGUGCUGCACAGUGUGCACACGUAACAAAGGAAAGCUCUUUGAGUUUUGCUGGCUGUGUUCAAAGGAAUGGAAAUGUCCAUCUCCGUACCCAGACCGCUGUGCAGAACCUGACUGUGUUGGUAAGCCAGAGACAAUACUAAAAACGUGUCCUGUGAUCGUCUUCAAGGAUAUAAAGAAUGUGACCGGCUGUCCCUCUAUCCGUGCCUGUCCCACCUGUGGGUUUUUGAUUGAGCAUAACAAGAAAUGCUGCAAAAAUAUCAUCUGUUCCCGGUGUAAAGUUGAGUUUUGUUUUGUGUGUCUGAAGCGCACUCCUAAGUGCCUAAAGACGAGUUCAUACCUCAGGCCCUGCAGUGCUGGUGUGGCUCCCAGACAGACCUCUAUUCCUGUGUGGUAUAGAAACUUACCGUGA